AUGGCGCUACGAGGACACGCCGUUGUCCGGUUUGUGUCCAUCAGGUACCUUCGAUUUUGGGCUUUCACAGAUGGACUUUUUGCCGGUGGCAAAGGUGGUUUCGUUGCCGAUAUCGCCUUGACGAUGGAAGAAGCUAGCGUCUUAAGAGGAGCUGGAGUGACCGUCGACACCUCUCCUGGGCAGCAUGAUCAAUCGUACCCUGUCGAAGCUAAACGGUUUCACAGGCAUAAUCAGUCAGCUCGCGUGUCGGCUUCGAAGAACUCAGCUGCUGAUGCCAGUCGAAAACAACUUCGUUCACCGCAACAUUCUCUGAUUGAGUAA